ACAUAAAAGAAAGAAAUGAUCCGUCUGAUUUAUGCGGUGCCUAAUUUUAAUAGUCGUAGAGUAGAGUAGAGAAUUUAACAAAUUAUUCAUUAAGGUAUUUUAAUAGAAAAUAAGAUACAUUUGAAAGAGCAAAAAAGAUACAAAGGAAUGAGUAUGUAAAUAAAAAUAGAUACCAUUAAGGAAGAAAGCUGUAUAUUUAUAUGAUAGAGAUAAGAAAUUAAAAUGUUGACAAGGCGGAAAAGAAUAAAUAAAGCGAUACAAAUAUUGCCAUGGAAAAUCGUCAUCAGAGCAGAAAAUCAAGAAACAAAAAAGUUUUGUAACUUAAUGGGGAAGACUAGUCGAAACCACAUUUUCUAACAAAACAGGCACAUAGCAUAUUCCUUAAAAACUCUAAUCUAUCAUUAUCAUUUUUAAUCUAUAAAUGAAAAUCGGAAUCACUUUCAUUGAAGAUUUUCGUUAUGCGUCUAACAUUGAUUAAUCAACGGCAUCUAAAACAAAUUCGACUGUUUGAACAACUAGGUCUGCAAAAAACAGCGAGUAACGGUAGAGAAAGGUGAAUUUACUAGCACACUGAAACUGAACACAACGCUGUAAAAACCUUAAAAAAUUACAAUUGCAAUUGCAAGUUGUAUAUAAGCUUAAAAUUCUCGACUGAAAAAAAUCACAAUCCUUUAUUAUUUGCACUGCAUUUAUGUGAAAUAUAAUAUCUAUUAUAAUUUAGGUAUAAUAUCGAACAAUAAAAAAUACGAGUUGUAUUAUUAAAUAUCAUCUAUAAAAAAUUGCAUCUGAAAAAAGAUGUCAAGAUUUUUAUUUCAUAAAUUCACAAAAUAGAAAAUACUAAUAUCACUAUUUCAACUACGAAAUUCACUCUGCUGGGAAGUAAUAGUAGUAGACGCACCGACAUUUUUCUCAGUAUUUCACGCUUAUUACUUUACGGUCAGACAGCGGCAGAUUGUUGCACAAUAGAUGAUUUUUUUCAUUACCAAUGUCUUUGUCACCUUUAACCUCGUUUGAUAAGCAAAUUGUUACACGGCUACAAGAAAGGUCCAGCAAACGCACACUCACGGUUCUAUUGUCUCUAACCUAGAUAUAAAUAUUGGGCAACCGUGUUAUCAAAUUAUUAUUGUACAGAUUGUGGUACGAUACACAUCUCAACAUGGUGAAGAUAGCUUUAGGAUUGUCCGCUAUAGUGGCGACUGCCACAGCCAUUCAAGUCGGCUUAGCUCCAGCAGCUACCGGUUAUAUUUACAGAAGCGACAAUGAUGGACCAGCAAGUCUCAUUCAGUUGGGAGCUCAUUCAUAUCAAGAACCUGCAUUUUCACCAUUACCUUUAGCGGAACCUUUGAAGGAAGCAUACGAAGCGUAUGCCUUAGGACCAGUGCCUCUACCCUAUGUAGCAGCGAAACCUAUUGUUAUUGAAGACGCGGAAGACGACGAUGACGAUGAUGAUUCCGAAGAAUAUCAUGACGGAGGAGAAUUAGGUGGCCAUCACCACGGGCACGGCUACGAGAAGGGAGCUGGAAAUGACUAUGGUGAACAGCACCAUUCUGAGCACGGAGAAAAAGGAAGUAAAGGAUAUCAUUCUAAAGGUCACCAUGCUAAAGGUGGAGCUGGACAUUAUGGUGAGGCUCACAAAGAAGGGUUUCACAGUGAGGGCGAAGGUGAAAAGGGCAGUCAUCACGAUGAAGCUGAUGCUCAUGGUAAACACCAUGAAUCCGGGGGCAGCUAUAAAGGAGGCGACCACGGCCAUAAGAAACACUUUAGCAAGGGCGAAGAUGUCACUGGGUACCAUAAAGUUUUCCAUAAGGACGAGUUUAAGAAAGACCAUGAUUUUUACGAUGUCGCUGACAAUAGUGGUCAUUUCAAUAAGCACGGUUAUCAAAAGGAGCAUCAUGGUUCUGAGGAAGGUGGACACAAAGAAGGUGGUCAUCAUGAUUCCGGUUACGACAAGGGUGAAUUUGGUAAAGGAGGUUUCCACGCUGAUGGUAAUAUUAAUGACGCUGAUCACGGCCAUUCUGCUGAAGAAGGUCAUGAGAGUCAUUACAAUAAAGAGGGUGACUAUGGCGAAAAGGGAGGAAGCAGCCAUGAGAAGGAAUACGUAUAUGGUGACGACGACGAUGACGAUGACGACGACGACGACAAAUAUUAAAAAAAUGACGACAACGAAUUACGAUUUUUGUAAAUAUUUACUUUAGAGUUGCUUAUGAUUUUGUUAUGUUUGAUAUUUUAUGGUUUAAAUAUACUUUUUUAUUACUUGCUCACCAAUAAAAUAAUACUUUCUAUAAAUAUUUCUUUCACUUACCUCGUUUUUGUGUUGUACGAGGGUCAAACUGAAAGUUCUUAGAACUGGCCACUUAUAAACAAUAUAAUAAAAAAAUAAUUCUAAAAUUUGAAAAUAUAACUCUUUGCCAAUAUUACUGAGUAUAUAUUUCAUUCAUUUGUCAUUUGUUUUACGAUUUGGCGGCAAAUUGAAAAUUGUCUGUGUCA